AACCUUCUACUAUGGAUUGGCUCCAUGUCGUCCCUCUAUUAUAGGGGUGGCAAUUUGCCCCGAUCCCCGUGGGGCUACGCGGGGAUCCCCGUCACGGGGACGGGGUGGGGAGGAAUAUUCCUCCCCGUGGGACGGGGAUGGGGGACAUUUUCUCCCCGCAAAAUUUCGCGGGGAAUUUUCCCCGCCCUAUUUGCUACUACUGCUGCUACAAAUCUGCUGCUACUGCUGCUGCUACAAAUCUGCUGUUGCUGCUACAGAUCUGCUGCUGCUGCUGCUACAGAUCUGCUGCUGCUGCUGCUACAGAUCUGCUGCUGCUGUUGCUAUAGAUCUGCUGCUGCUGCUACAGAUCUGCUGCUGUUGCUACAGAUUUGCUGCUGCUGCUGCUGCUAUAGAUCUGCUAUUGAAACUGCUGUCGAUCUGCUGCUGGAGCCUGGAGUUGUUGUCAAUCUGCUACUGAAGCCUAGAGUUGCUGUCGAAGCUGCAGUAUCCCAUCAUCCUCACUCACUAUAUGUUUGAUGCACGCCUCAUUAAUUUUUACUCAUGUUUGAUGUAAAAAAUAUGUAUUUUGAUG